AUGGAAUCAAGCUUCCAGCAAACUCAUGUUCAGCAAAGUAGAGGAUCCGUGACAAACAACAACGCUGUUAACGGCUUCACCGGCUCUGUGGGAAACACCCCAUUGAUCUAUCUUAAGACACUCUCAGAGCAGACAGGAUGCAAAAUAUACGGGAAGGCUGAAUUCCAAAACCCCGGAGGCAGCGUCAAAGACCGUGCUGCUGUCAGCAUAAUUCGGGAUGCGGAGGAGAAGGGUCGCAUAAAACCCGGUGGAACUGUUGUUGAGGGUACUGCAGGCAACACUGGUAUUGGCCUUGCCCAUGUUUGUAGAGCUAGGGGCUACAAAUGUGUGAUAUUCAUGCCUAACACUCAGAGCCAAGAGAAGAUUGACCUUCUCCGAAUGCUCGGUGCUGAAGUGUACCCAGUGCCCGCAGUACCCUACGAGAAUCCGUUGAACUAUAAUCACCAGGCGAAGGAAUACGCCGACACGCUCGAGAAUGCCAUUUGGACAGACCAAUUCGACAACACUGCCAAUGCGUAUGCCCAUUAUAUCUCUACUGGGCCUGAAAUAUGGGAACAGACGAAGGGUGAGAUCGACGGCUUCGUUUGCGCAACUGGCACUGGUGGCACUCUGGCUGGAGUUGGCAAGUAUCUGAAGGAAAGGAGCAACGGCAGGACGCAAAUAUGGCUCGCCGAUCCGCCUGGCAGUGUCCUAUACGAAUACGUCACUUCUGGUGGAAAUCUCAUCGAGCGUUCUGGAAGUUCCGUCACAGAAGGGGUUGGUCAGGGCCGUGUCACAAGUAAUUUGGGUACUUUUGUCAAUGACCUCACGGGAGCAUUGCACAUACCGGACGAGAAGGCGAUAUCCAUGUUAUAUCAGCUUCUUGAUACCGAAGGCUUGUACGUAGGUGCUUCCUCGGCGCUGAAUGUCGUUGCAGCUGUAGAGCUUGCACGAAAGUUAGGGAAGGGCUCUAAAGUUGUGACAAUAUUGUGCGAUGGCGCCUACCGAUACCAGAGCCGUUUAUUUUCGAAGAAAUGGCUAGAAUCGAAUGGGCUAGGGCAUGCCAUACCAGAAAGCCUAAGGAAGUACGCAAUUCUAGAUUGA